AUGUCGUCCUGUCCCAAAGCCGAAGACUGCGGUAAAGCGGAUGACUGUCAACACGCCUCCAACGGCAGCGCUGUCGACAUCGAAGACUACAAGCUAGAACUAUCGACCCUUCGAGCUCGAACGAAAGAACUGGAAGAGAAACUUGCUAAACUCACCACGACAUCCGAUAAAACGCUUCGGUCGUCGAAAUGGCUCAAUCGGGCGGACGACAAGGCCAUGUCGGCACUGUAUAUGGAUCGUUAUUUGAACUACGGACUCACCAGAGAAGAGCUCAUGUCUGAUAGACCCAUAAUUGGCAUUGCUAACUCAGGCUCUGAUCUUGCCCCUUGCAAUCGUUAUCACCUCACGCUGGCGAAGCGAGUUCGUGAGGGUAUCAGGAGUGCUGGUGGUAUUGCUAUUGAGUUCCCAACACACCCGAUCCAAGAGAGUGCCAGAAGGCCGACAGCGACACUGGAUCGGAAUUUAAGCUACCUCACGCUCGUGGAGAUGCUAUACGCGUAUCCAUUCGAUGGGGUAGUGCUGAUGACAGGAUGUGACAAGACGACACCUGCUUGUCUGAUGGCCGCUGCAACCAUCAAUAUACCUGCCAUCUGUCUCAACGUCGGUCCCAUGCUCAACGGCUACGACAAGCACAAGCUGGUCGGCUCUGGAACUGUUCUCUGGAAGGCACGAGAGCUCCAUGCUGCUGGUGAGAUCAACGAUGAAGGCCUGACGGAGAUGGUGACCAAGGGGACACCAUCAGCUGGACACUGCAAUACCUUCGGAACUGCUUCGACGAUGAACGCUCUGGCGGAGGCGCUAGGCAUGGCGCUGCCAGGCAGUGCUGCAAUUCCUGCUCCUUACAAAGAGCGAGCACAAUGCGCCUACCGGACUGGCCUGCAGAUAGUAGAAGCCGUGCAUGCUGACCGGAAGCCGUCCGAUAUCAUGACAAGGGAAGCCUUCGAAAAUGCCAUCGUCACCAAUACUGCAGCCGGUGGUAGCACAAAUGCCCCGAUCCAUCUCAAUGCGGUGGCCAAGCACAUUGGUGUAAAGCUCGAUCUGGACGACUGGGACCGGAUCGGCUAUGACUUGCCGUUGCUCCUGAACAUGCAGCCAGCGGGCGAGAUGCUAGGGGAAGAGUACUAUCGUGCUGGAGGGCUGCCCGCCAUAAUGGCGGAACUUCUCGAUCGAGGCAAGCUGCAUGCUGACGCCCUCACCAUGAACGGCAAAACCAUCCGAGAGAACGUUGAGAACAAGCACAGCUGGGACCGCCGGACGAUCAAGAGCUACGACGAGCCUAUGAUCCAGUCUGCAGGAUUUGCGCAUAUGACUGGCAAUCUGUUCGACAGCGCCAUCAUGAAGACCUCCGUUAUCUCACCAGCUUUCCGGAAAGCCUUUCUCGAGAACCCGGGGGACCAAACGCAUUCGAAGCCAAAGCAAUCGUGUUCGAUGGACCAGAAGACUACAACAAGCGCAUCGAGAACGCAGACGUCGACGAGCGUACGAUCCUGGUCAUGCGCGGGGCGGGUCCACUAG